UGCAAAUCAAAACAUGGCGGUAAACCCAAAAAUGACACGGGAAGACGAAGCAGCAUGUGGAAUUUAGCAGCCUAACCAUCGAUUAAUCUGACUUACAUUGCCUUCAUCACUGGAACAUUAUACUCAGCAUUCCAGAUCAUUCAAAAUGUCACAGUUGUGGCAGCACCCAUAUGUGAAUGUUUUCAAGCACUUCAACCUUACGUCAUGGAAGAAGUCAACAAAGGAAGGAGAAGUGCUUGGAGUAAUGGACAAAGCAUUGAAAUGCACAGUCUACAAGGUGACGGGUUCAAUCCCUGCAGGGAAUUAUAUCCAGCUCCCAAAGGCCCAGACCCAAUCCCUGGGUUUAACAGGGCGAUACCUGUACCUCCUGUUCAAGCCAGUCCCCACCAAAUACUUUGUUGUGCACAUUGACCUUGCUACGCAGGAUAAUCUGAUUGUGAGGGUGUCAUUCUCUAACCUGUUUAAGGAGUUUAAGUCUACUUCCACAUGGCUACAGUUUCCAUUUCUUUGUAAUGCUUCCAAAGGAUCUGUUCAUGCAUUUGCUGCUGUAGGGGGAAAAGAUCAUAGCGGCCCUGCACCCCAUGCCACACGAUGGACAGUUUUGUGUUUAGACUUCAACUAUAUCCUGUCCAUGUACCUCAACAGAAAAUUCUCCUACAUGAAGACAAUAAGACUUUGUGCCAAUAUGGUGGUCAAGAAUAUAUUCACAAGUGACACCUUGUAUGAUCCAGGUGUAACCCUUGACCAAGCCAAGAAGGCAGGACUAAUAGACCAGGGAGUGUCACCAAUGCCUAGAGAGAUGGCCUUUCCAGUCCUAAAGGGAGAUCACUGGCAUGACCACUACGAUCUCAUCAGGUUUCCUUCUGAUGGUGGUAAGAAGCCAUUUGACUCCAUGCAGUAUAGCAGUCCUGGUAAAAAUACAAACAGUCAUCGUACAGGAAGUCCAAAAAGAGUUUCCACACGGUCAGUUGAUGUUAGUAAAUGUGUCUCUGACAGAGUCGCAAUGAUCCACAAACUCACAGAACCCAAACAGAAAGUGAAGCGCCGUCAGGUCACGUCACAGUUACCAACAGUAGGAGUGGACGAUAUGACAGUUACAACCGACACCCAAGGAGAGGUACACGUGUUUGCACACCCAGAGGAUGAAAUAUUGGUCCACCAGGAGGGUCAGUCAAAUGAACAGGUUUCAAAACUAUCUGUACCUGCAAGUCUGGGGCCAAGAAAGGUAGCGAGCAAGAGCCUGGAGCCAGAUCCCAUUAUGAAGCUGAAAAGGAUUGUAGGAUUUGGUGGAGCUUCUUUUAGAGAUGUACUGUGGUCAGUCGAUGCAGCUAAUGUAGUCUAUCCGUGUCAUGCUGUAGUCAUUGCUAUGAAGAUAAGUAACGGUCACCAACGUUUCUUCAUUGGCCACACUGAUAAGGUAUCGUGUAUCAGCUUGACGGGUAACUCCGCCUUGCUGGCCUCUGGACAGACAGGGCCUCUCAGUGCUGUCCGUAUCUGGAAGUUUCAGACAGGAGAAUGUCUUGCUAUGUGUAAAACACAUGUUCAUUCCCUCCAUUGCCUGAGCUUCUCUCACAAAGGGAAUGUGCUUUGUGGUGUAGGCAAAGAUGGACAUGGUAAAAAUAUGGUUGUUAUCUGGGACACAUCCAAAGUGACCAAGUCACGAGAAGUGUCGGUGAUGGCCAAGGCACACACAGAUGUGGAAAUAAUACGCAUGAAAGUGGCCGCCUUUGAUGAUACCAGGAUGGUAUCUUGUGGACGUGACAAUAUUCGGCUGUGGAGGGUCAAAGAUGGUCAUCUGAGGUCAGCUCCGGUCAAUCUGGGGGAACAUCACACAGUCGAGUUUACAGAUGUGUGCUUUGAAGCAGGAUACCAUGCUGACAAGGAUCCUACAGACAGACUAGUGUAUGCCUGCAGCAGAUCUGGUCACAUAUUUGAGAUAGAGCUUCAGAAAGUAUCGAUACAGAAUGUCCGUCGACUACUACCAACAGACACCAAGCCAGUGAAAGAGAAGCAGACUUUCAGAUCAAGUUCAGGUAUUGGGAUCAACUGUAUGACAGUGAAUGAGACAUUUUGUGUGACGGGAUCUGACGAUGGAUUCCUUCGUCUAUGGCCACUAGACUUUGCCCACGUUUACCUUGAAGCUGAACAUGAAGGACCAGUGACAGCUAUAGACCUCACAUCUGAUGGACUCAAGAUAUUGGCAGGAACCGCAAUGGGCACCCUGGGGACACUGGACAUCUCCACUCGGGCAUACACUACAGUGAUGAGGUCACACACAGCACGUAUUGCUGAUGUGGCAGUGGACCCAUACAGAAAACACAUGGCCACUGUGUCUGAGGAUCACUCCAUCCGUGUGUGGGACUCCGAGACUCUACAACAGCUGUUUGACUUCAGUGCUCCUGAGGAGUGUCCCUGUAUCAUCCACUACCACCCAUCACGACAGAUAUUUGCCUGUGGAUUUGAGAGUGGUGUAGUCCGUGUGUUUAAUGUACAGACCACCACUAUGAUGGCAGAACACAGACAACACAGAGGGAAGAUUACUGGUCUUGUUUUCUCCCCCACCGGAGACUAUUUAUACAGUGCCUGUUCCCUUGGCUCACUGGCUCACUAUGAUGCUAAUACAGAGAAGUAUGAGCUCCUCCGUCUCCUUGGUAACACAGUAGCUCGAGGUACCAGGCAUACUCCAGACAUUUUGUCAGUCAGUGCUGAUGGACGAAGAAUGGCAUUUAUUGGACCAUCAGAGUACACAGUCUGUGUGGUGGAUGCCAAGUCAUUAGAUGAGGUUGUUCGGAUAGAUGUGACAAGCCUAAACUCGUCCGAUGUUGGACGGUCAUCACUAGAUGCUGCUGUCAGGCUCCACUUCGCCCCACUUAAUCUAGGACAUCUUAUAGUCAUCACAUCUAGCCACAAACUGCUCAAGUUUGAUGCCAGGAAUGGACGUCUGGUCUCUGAGGUGCCCAACAUCCACAGGACUGGCUGUUCUACGCUGGCGGUCACAAGUAAUGGCCGUCACCUAGCAACAGGAGGGGACAAAGUCAUCAAGAUCUGGGACUACAACAUGAAGCUGGACAUCAACUUUCAGGUCUUCAUAGGACAUUCAGAGAAUGUGAGUAAGAUCCUCUUCACUCCUGAUGGUCAGGGUUUGCUGAGUGUUGGAGAAGCGAUUUAUGUGUGGGAUUUCCUAGCAACCAAGCCCCCAUCUCCAGUCGAGGGUCGGGAGUACAGAGAGAAAGACUACAUGCAACUACAACGGGACAGGACAAACAAUAGCAUUGAUGAACUUCUUGAACGAAGUGUUGAAGACACCUCAUAUCUUGAGCUACCAAGGAGAACCCCACCUCGACCAAUUAGUUUCAACUCUCAUAGUCGCAUAGAGGACCUCAGCUCCAUACAGAAAGUUUCUAAUGAAGAUGAUGAUUUGGUGACUGGGAUGUCUGACAGGGAAGCUGUUUUAGUUGGUCCAGAACUAAAGACAAGAUUUACGCAGAAACACGAAGACAGUCAAGAUUCUGAUGAGGAUGUUGGAGUUGAACCCCUUGCACCAAGUCCCCAGCGGCAGAAACACAAACAGUUUAGUGUAGGAAAGCGGGGUCCAGGAAAGAAAGCUCCUGUAGUGAGUCCUGGAGAAAGGCGAGAGGGCGAGGCUGUGAAACCUUCCUCACAUAAACACUUCCAGCAGCGGGAGCAGACCUAUGGAAUGGCUCAGAGACGGUAUACUGCCCCUCCUAACCAGGCUGGCCUGAAACUUAAGUCUGUGAUUGGCUACAAUGGAAAUGGUAGAGGCAAUAUGGUGUGGCACCCUGACACAGGUCUGUUCGCCUACACUUGUGGCUGUUUGAUUGUGGUGGAGGACCUCAACACUGGAGAACAGAGACAUCUAACUGGACAUGUGGAAGAGAUUUCAACCAUGGCCUUACAGAAUGAUUGUCAGGUGUUAGCCUCUGCCAGUGGUUCCUUUGGUUUGUCUGCCAGUCAAAUAUAUCUGUGGAACCUACAGGAAAUGGUGUGUCACAAAGUCCUACAGCACCAUGAACACGAUAUUGUAUCUCUGGCCUUCUCCCGUGAUGAUCGCUUCCUCAUAUCUGUCGGUGACUAUAGAGACUGCUGUGUGGUUGUAUGGAGUACAUAUGACUAUGAGAUACUGACAAGUUCCCGAGUGACCAGCCCUAUCCACGAGCUGAAGUGGGACCCCUACACUGUCAAUGAGUUUGCCUCUGUCGGAGAGAAUGGCACAGUGUUGUUUUGGCUGUUGGAUGAAACCUCAAGUGAAGUGUGUCUAAAUGUCCAUGAGGCUGAAGUUCCAGAGGAACUCUUACAGACUCACCACAUGGGGAGCGGAGCAAUAGACUUCACAUCGAUGGUGUAUGCUGGAGACAGCACUCUUUAUGCAUCAACUAACAAUGGCAAGGUGUCUGCCUGGGAUACCCGUCAUAACACAUGCUUCAUGCACUGGGAGGCAGAUAACUGUGAGAUAGGUGCCUUAGUGUGUCGAGGCGGCCGUCUCCUGACAGGAAGCACUGGGCGCAAUCUACGAAUGUGGUCCAUCGUAGGUGUAGGAGAGAUGCGACUACCAGGAGAGCACAAUAACAUGCGAGGCGGUGGCCUCACUAUGGAAGAUGAAAUGAACGUGGAUGGAGAGGUUGUGUCUCUGGCAUUUGAUGAGGCAUUAGAUAUGGGAAUCGUGGGUACAAGUUCAGGCACACUGUGGUACAUCAACUGGCCUGAAAGAACAAGUAUCCGCCUUGUGUCAAGUCACAUGUCCAGGGUGAACGGUCUGUCUUCCUGCAAUAGCUCCCACGUGGCAUCAUGUGCAAAUGAUGGAAGUUUGCGUGUCUGGUCUGUUGAAGACCGGGAACAGUUGCUACAGUUCCAAGUCAGAGAUCAGUCCUGUACCUGUGUUGCUUUUGCCCCCUCGGGUCCAGACACUGUCACCAUGACAACCGUGAGCAACCUGGAGGAGGCUCCGGUGGUGGCCCAUCAACACCUGGAGAACAACCAGCUUCCUCAGAUUGUGUCUGGGUACAGUGACGGCACUGUACGUCUGUUUGACCCCAACAAGGUGGAAAUGAUCCUGAAGAUGCACCCUCAUGCUGUUGCUGUUACUGCCAUAAGUUUCUCCUCUGAUGGGCGUAUGAUAAUAUCGGGAGGAAGUGAUGGCCUGAUCGCGGUCAGCAGUCCCACCACUGGAAUGACUGUCCGAGUUAUCAAUGACCAUAAAGGUGCCCCCAUCACCAAUAUUGAUGUCACAGACAAACAGGACCAAGAUGUAGGUAUCACUGCCCCGCUACUGUGGCUGGCAACGAGUGCUGACCGCCGUGUCAGUGUUUGGUCAGCUGACUGGUCAAAGGAUUUCUGUGAACUUGUCGAUUGGCUGACUUUCCCAGCCCCAGCCUUCACACCAGAUGGUGCUGUCAUCUCCAAACAAGAUCAGGGUUUAUAUGGUGACCUACCCCCAAGUCUUGCGAAAUUUUCUCCAGAAGAGCAAGAUAUCAUAGUCUACACAGGCUAUGGUAGUCAGAAGCAUGUGCAGUUUUACAGUCUGUCACAGCGCAAGGUGGUGCGAACAUCAGCACUGACACAUUGGUCAACAUGUAUGGAUAUGAGCCCCAACUCCUCCUUGAUUGCUUUGGGUGCCAAUGAACGUCUGAUGAAGUUAAUGGAUUAUUAUGAAGGAAGUUUCCAGGAUUUCACUGGCCACAAUGACUCUGUGACUGUUGUUAAGUUCUCACCUGACAGUAAAUACCUAUUCUCAGUGGCCCACGCAGAAAUACUCAUAUGGGAAGUGAAUGUAUAACCAUGGCCUGCAGUUUCUGUCCUAUUUAAUACCAGGAUUUAAAACUUUUAUUUUACAGAAUACUUGGUCUGACAUUUGAUCACAUUAAAAAAAAAGAUUUUCCUGUUUCAUGAAAGCAGCUUGUUUGAAUAUUGCUUUCUUUAUAUAAAUUUAGUGUAGGUGGCAGAUGAUACCUUAAUUGGAAUCUUUAACCCCUACUUGAGACAACUGAAUUAUCCCGGACAAGGGGUGAAUUAUGAUAGUCAUUCUAUAUAUAUAUAUAUAUCACAUGAUACUUACGCUAAAUAUGAGAUUUGUAUUAUGGAAGAUCUGAUAAGGAACUAUAUGCAUAUUAAAUUAUUUACGUACCUUUAUUUUAUUUAUACAAACAUUAUUAUACAAACAGCAAGUCUUGUGUUGUCAAUAUUCCUUCUAUGUAUAUUAGUGCUGUAUAAAGCUUUGAUAAUUUAAUUCUUUAUAUUUGUUGCUGAAUAUCAAUCAUGGUUUUGUGUCAUAUGUAAAAUUAAAGUAUUAGCUAUGUGUGAUAGAAACAGAAAAUUUACAGUGUAUUUUUAAAAUCAUUACAUGAGUGUAUGGAUGAGUGUAUGGAUUACAAUGUAUUUAAUCAUUGCAUGAGUGUAUGGGUGAGUGUAUGGAUGACAAUGUAUUUACUCAUUACUUGAGUGUAUGGGUAAGUGUAUGGAUUACAAUGUAUUUACUCAUUAGUUGAGUGUAUGGAUGAGUGUAUGAGGAGAUUAUAACCGAGUUGAUGAAUGAAGAUGUAGAAGAGUGAAUCCAUGGAUGGGUGUGUCUUAGAUUUUGCAGAUCUUAAGACCUUGAUCGUGUCUAGAAACCAAAGUUCUCAAACCUGUUAAAACAUUAAUCUAGCUAGAAAGGUGUAAAUAAUUUCUCUUUCAAACAAUGAUUAACAAAGAGAAGUGUUAUUUGCCAGCUGUGCAAUGCAGCAUAUUGUGACCCAUUCCAUGAUGUGAAAGUUCACCAUGAAAUACAUUUGUUUAAAUAAGUAACCUGCAUGAAACUGUAUACCAUAAACAAAUGGGCUGUUUAACUGUGAUAUGUUUGUGCUGCAGAAAUGGAUGUGAGUGAAAAUUAGGUACUGUCUGUCUCUAGAAAGUUCUAUAGUGUUAGGUUCAAAAAGACCUGUCACCUUGACCUUUGUGUGAUAUAGUGAACAAAAUGAUGGUGUUGCCUGAGCAUUCAUGUACUAUAGGACUCGGUAAGGCAAUGUAUAUCAUAUGUAUCGGUGAACACAAGCAUAGGUAUGUGAUAAUCAAGGCUUAUUUUGAAUGUCCCAACUUGAUUGUAAACAUGGGCUCGUUGUAGUGUUAUUAGAAAAUAUAUAUCUAUGACUGUAGCUUUGUGGUAAAUAAAUUCUUAUUUAGACCAGGAUCUGC